AUGGAGAAUGAGGUGGUCCGAGUGUUGGUCCCUGAUCAAGAGCAGCAGGGGCAGUGGCAGGGGCAGGGUGGAUGGCAUCGGCCUACAUUAGCAUUGACUAGCCCUCAAAAAAACCUCAUUGCGCAGUUUCUUCUACAGCGAAGUACGGAUGGAGUGCUGCCAAGAGGUUCUUGUGCAGAGGCUGCCAAAAAAUUCAACAUCCACAAAAGGACAGCAGAGAGAAUAUGGCACAUUAGUAAGCAGCAGAUAGACAGAGGGGAACCUGUCAUGAUGCAAGGCAAAGUAACAUGUUAUCAACACAAAGAUAAACUCAUGUUAGAUGAAGACAAGUUUAGAAACCUGUCCAUGCUUGAGAGAUCAACCAUAAGGAAGGUUGCUUCUAAGAUGGAAGUAAGCAAGACAACAAUUGGUAGAUUUCUUAAGAGUAAUCAAUUGAAACCUCAUACAAGUGCUAUCAAGCCUAGACUUAUUGAAACCAACAAAAUUGCAAGGAUGAAAUGGUGUCUUUCUCAUAUUCAGCCAACACUCGCUGAAGGUAAACUUCUUUACCAUUCAAUGCACAACAUGGUUCAUAUUGACGAGAAAUGGUUCUACAUGACAAAGACAUCAGAUAGAUACUACCUGUUGCCGGAUGAAGAUAUGCCAUACAGGUCCUGUAAGUCCAAGAGAUUCAUCACUAAAGUGAUGUUCAUGGCUGCUGUGAGUAGGCCACUUUGUGGGCCUGAUGGAGACAUCAUAUUCGAUGGUAAAAUAGGGUUAUUCCCAUUCACAAAACAGAUACCGGCCCAAAGAAGUUCAAAGAACAGGCCAAAAGGGACAAUGGAGACAAAGCCUAUUCAAUCAAUUACCAAGGAAGUCAUGACACCUUGUCUCCUAAACCAUGCUGCAUUUUUUAUUACUGCCAUCAGAAAAGUUUCAUCACAUGGCAUCAGCCUCCAAACCCUUUAUAAGGGGGUGGCUUUUUUGGCUAAAUAG